AUGGCGAUGCACGACAACACAAACGGCAUCAAAAACGGCGCUGAACAGGCCCAAGCUCCAGUAGCUUCGCGGCUGUUCGAUUGGUGGGCUGCCUUGGCCCUCGAGGAAACAAGCGGAGCCGCAGACGUCAUCGUGGCCAGGAAGGGGCUUGGCGGUCACCUUCCCCUCCCUCCCACUCCAUCACCUGCUUUUUGCCAAAAACAUCACCAGUCUCUCCGACCCACGAUAAAUACCAUCAUCACGAGCCACGACCGUUUUCUUUUUCUACUCGUUUGUCACUUGACACUGCAACUCACCACUUCUCUUUGUACCGCAUUACUGCUGCAACACCCAUUUCUCCCAUCCAUCACAACUUCACAAACAGCCAACACAAUGUCGUACGCUGAAGUCGCAUCCAAAGGCCCCAAGCAGACUCCUGAGGAGGCUGCUGCCCCUCAACCACCCCAAGUCGUAGUCGAUGACUCCACCUCCACCUCCUCCCUUAUCGACGUUGACACCCCCUCUGUCCGCACCGUCCCCUCCGAUUUCGCCGAGCAAGAAGUCAAGACCGACACGCAGGCUGCCCGGAUCGAGCGGGAGGAGGCUGAGAAGAAGGCCCGAGCCAAGGCCGAAACCCUUCGCGCCGAAGCUGACCUCGCUAAGAAGAAGGCCAAGAGCAAGGCAAAGAAGGCGGAUACCUGGUUGACGAAGCGGUUCGAGAAUAUGGGCGAUGGUCCCGCGGGCGCGUUGGCUGUGGCGAAUCUGAUUGCCGUUAUUGGGUUGAGCGGGUGGUUGGGCUUCAAGGCUUGGAACUCGUAUGAGCGCGGCAGACUGAGCUGGAAGGAUGUCGGUCUCGGGCUGGGUCUGAUCGGUGCUGUUGGGGCUGUCGAGGGUGCCUUCACCAACUAUCUCUACAAGGCCAAGGGGAAGGGCAAGGAGCAAUAA